GUAGCUGCUCUGGGUUCAUGACGAGGGUGAUCUGAAUGUGAAAGUUAAAACAUCUGUGUUUGCAUCUGGCAUUGGGCCAUUUUCUGCAUGUUACAUGAGGUCAUUUUCUGCAUAUGUUACAUGUGAUCUCGAAAUGGACUCCCAGUCCACACCGUACUGAUGUUUUAGAGAUAACAUUAUUAACUACUAUGACUUCAAAGCCAGGCAGAUUAUAUGCAGUUCUCAGCUGCACUUUGGUAUAGUUCCCUCUCCAAAUGAAGUCUUGGAAAAAAUACAAAAUAUGCCACAGCACAAUGAAUUUGAAAGUGAUGUGUUGGAUGGACCAUGUGCUCUCAUCACUGAUCUCUGUACAAGACAAGGAUGUCCUCUUUAAGUGAUGUGUUAGAUGGACCAUGUGCUCUCAUCACUGAUCUCUGUACAAGACAAGGAUAUCCUCUUUAAGCAGAGCAGCAGAGUUAACUUGGACAUUUAAAUGCUUUGGUAUUCUGAAAAUGUUCUGUCAAUGUCCCAUCUCUACUGUAACGAGUGAUUAACAGACUACUGAAUGAAGAAAACUGGUAUAUUGCAGUCCCUUUACAAUCUUGUGUCGUUGUAAAAUGUUGUGGAAUCGACACAUAAAAUCUUCUGAGCGUUUGUUUUUUUUAUACCCACCAAGCAUUUACAGUAAACUACUAAACUAACUGAACUCGGAGAAAUGUCUCUCACUUAGCAUUUACAGUAAACUACUAAACUAACUGAACUCGGAGAAAGUAAACUGAAAUAAGAGAGCGAGCCUGACGGGGAGGGGAAAGAAGAGAACGGGAGGUGCUGUGCGCGCGAUAAAAGAGAAGGCAGUCAGAGGGCUGUCAGAAAUGCACGCGCGCUCUCAAAACUGCGUGCGAUCGAGAGCGUCCGUGCCUGAGCAUCCUGAAAACAGCUGCGCCUUUACUCACGGGCGGCGGACAAUCAACCAACGGAAAAAUGAACACAAAUGAUGCGAAGGAAUAUCUCUCCAAGCGACAAAUUCCCCAGCUGUUUGAGAGCAUGCUGACUGGUCUGAUGUUCCACCGACCGGACGACCCGCUGCACUUCCUGGAAACCUGCCUGCAGAAGACACGAGAGCUGGGCGGGGUCGAGGGCGUGGCCUGGGACACCUUCAUCACGCCUGACCGCCGCCCACUGCCCCCUAUCAACGCCCCUCAAGCCAAGAAGGCUGCUGGGAAACUCGAGGGUGCCAGCGGGCCAGGACCAGGACCAGGACCAUAUCGACGGUAUGAACGUCUGCCACCCAUCCAGGCCCAGUUUUCCAUUGAGAGUGACUCGGACAUGACAGAGUCGUCCGGCCUAAUCCAGGAGUACGAUGUCUUUGACCCGGCCAAACCGCGGCCGCACAUCAUCUUCGUCAUCGGUGGCCCUGGCAGUGGGAAGGGUACUCAGACUCUGAAGAUGGCGACUCAUUAUGGCUUUGAGUGUGUGUCGGUGGGCGAAAUCCUCCGCACCCAGCUGCUCCACCACGCCACCACCGACAGGAAGUGGGAGCUCAUCGCACAGAUCAUCGCCAACGGAGAACUGGCACCACAGGAGACGACCAUUGAGGAGCUGAAACACCAGUUCAUAAAGAAGCAGGAUGUCAAGGGCUUCAUCGUGGAUGGCUUCCCACGGGAGAUCGCGCAGGCAUUCACCUUCGAGGAACAGGUGCGUUCAAAGCAGGGACUAGACCUGUAG